CCGCAAGGUGGGCCCUCUCGCUUGCACCUCUACUACUACUGUUGCUGCUGUUACUGCUCAAACCUUUCGCUCUUCUUCAUCGCCAACACUUCACGAACUGUUUUUUUUACGUUAAUUUUUGUGGCAAAAAGACGGCAAUUAAAAAAGAGUGCAUACGCAAAAGUCCACGAGAAAGUGUUCAAAACGAAGCUGAAAAGUUGAACCGCCUAAUCGAAAGCAUUCCCAAACAAAACGGAACGACUAAGCUGUAAUUUUUUGUCGCGUUGUUAAAAUUUGCAUUGGAAGAGGACGGCUCAGGCAGGUGGCUAAAGAGCCUGCAAGCGCGCAAAGCCAAUAAACGAAAGGUGGAAACUGAAGUGCGCAAGUGGCACGAGCAGCGACAACAACAAAUGCAAAUGCGCCGGCUAGACUAGAAAUACUUUAAAGCGGUCAAAAGUGCAAUAAUAAUAAGAACUAUUAACAAUAUUGAGGCCGGUUGUCGAGAACAACAAGAGCAACAACUACGCUUAGCUUGUUGUGUGUGCCACAAGUGAGUGUGUAACGAUACAUACACACACCUACUAUAUACAUAUAUAUAUAAAUAUAUAUCUAUAUAGAUAUAUAGAGAAGGAGAUAGCGAGAGGAAGAGAGACAGUCGUUGAAUUGCUAAUUUGCGGCCGUUCCACAGACCGAAACCGGCUAAAAAACGUUGAGAAAAAAAUUCGCUACAAAGCUACAAAAAACUGUUGUUGCCGACAUCGCCAACGCAUCAGCAACAACAGCUGUAACAACAGCAACUGAACAACAACAGCAGCAACAAAAAAAGACACAGAGAGAAAAACAAAACGCGUAGGCGAACGCAUACAAGCAUCCGUAGACAAAAAACAACAACAAAAAAGCAAUAAUAAUAACAACAAUAACAACAACAGCAGUUAACAGCAAAAAGCAGUCAAUCAGACUGCCAGCGUGAUUCACAGCAGCAGCAGCUAAAACAACAACAACAACGUCGUCGCCGUCGUCUCAAAAUGAAUUCUGAGCAUGGAUUUAAUCCAGCCUUCAAUAUGGCCACCAUACGCCAGGCAUUCACAGAGGCCGUUGAAAGAGUCAGAAUGCCGACACCCACACGCCUACGCGAUCUCAUAAGACAGAUACGCGCCGCACGCACCGCCGCCGAGGAGCGGGCGGUGGUUAACAAGGAAUGCGCCUACAUACGCAGCACAUUUCGUGAGGAGGACUCGGUCUGGCGCUGCCGGAAUAUUGCCAAGUUGCUUUACAUACACAUGCUCGGCUAUCCGGCGCACUUCGGUCAAUUGGAAUGCCUGAAGUUAACUGCCAGCACGCGUUUCACAGACAAGCGAAUUGGAUAUUUGGGCGCUAUGUUGUUGCUUGACGAGCGGCAAGAUGUGCAUCUGCUGAUUACGAAUUGUUUGAAAAACGAUUUGAACAGCUCAACGCAAUUUGUUGUGGGUCUGGCGCUUUGCACUCUGGGCGCGAUUGCCUCGCCGGAGAUGGCACGCGAUCUGGCCAGCGAGGUGGAGCGUCUGAUGAAGUCCCCGAACACGUAUAUACGGAAAAAAGCGACGCUGUGCGCCUUCCGCGUCAUACGUAGAGUGCCAGAGCUGAUGGAAAUAUUUUUACCGGCCACGCGCUCCCUGCUCAGCGAGAAGAAUCAUGGCAUUCUGAUUACUGGCGUUACGCUCAUUACGGAGAUGUGCGAGAAUAGUGCGGACACUUUAUUGCAUUUCAAAAAGGAUAGCGGAAAUCGAGAGAUCGUGCCGAACCUCGUGCGCAUACUGAAGAAUCUGAUACUCGGCGGCUAUUCGCCUGAGCACGAUGUGAGCGGAGUCAGUGAUCCGUUCUUGCAAGUCAAAAUUCUACGACUGCUGCGCAUCCUCGGCCACAACGAUCCAGAUGCAUCGGAAGCGAUGAACGAUAUAUUGGCACAGGUAGCCACCAAUACAGAGACGAGCAAGAAUGUCGGCAACACUAUACUCUAUGAGACAGUGCUAUCCAUCAUGGAUAUACGCUCCGAGGGCGGUCUGCGUGUGCUGGCAGUUAAUAUUCUGGGGCGAUUUCUACUCAACUCAGACAAGAAUAUACGAUAUGUGGCUCUGAACACGCUGCUGAGGACUGUGCAUGCGGAUACGUCGGCCGUUCAGCGACAUCGUACGACCAUAUUGGAGUGUCUGAAGGACCCGGAUGUGUCGAUACGUCGUCGGGCCAUGGAGCUGUCGUUUGCGCUGAUCAAUGCACAAAAUAUACGUACAAUGACCAAAGAGUUGCUGCUCUUCCUCGAGAAGGCCGAUGCAGAGUUUAAGGCGCAGUGCAGCUCGGGCAUGAUAUUGGCCGCUGAGCGCUAUUCGCCGAACACACGCUGGCACUUGGACACGCAGCUGAGUGUGCUGAUUGCCGCCGGAAAUUAUGUGCGGGAUGAUGUGGUCUCCUCCACCAUACAGCUGGUUUCGAGCAGCCCCGUGUCGGAACAGACGUACAUCACGAAUCGGUUCUGGGAGUCGUUGCAGGUGACCAAUCAUUGUGAGGACAAGCAGCCGUUGCUACAGGUUGCCGUUUGGGCCAUAGGCGAGUACGGCGACUUGUUUAUGUACGGCGCCAACGAUGAUGAGUUUGAACGUCCCACUGAGAGCGAUUUAAUCGCAGUGUAUCAUAAGUUUUUAACUUCUGCUCAAGUCUCUACCACAAGCAAACAAUAUGCGCUGGUCUCGUUGGCCAAGCUCAGCACACGUUUGCAGCAGUGUGUGGAAGAAGUGCAGGCGCUGAUCACCUCGUUUGGCAGCCAUCUGAAUGUGGAUUUGCAACAGCGCGGCGUGGAGUUCACACAACUGUUUGGUAACUAUAAACACUUGCGUCCGCCGCUGCUGGAGAAGAUGCCCGCCAUGCAGAUCAGUCGCAUCAGCUCACAGAAUGGCGAAAGCAGCGGCUCCUUCGAUGACAACAGUCCCGAUGUCAUCGAAAAUGGCAUCGAGGGAAACAGCAGCGGUCAUCAGUUAAUCGAAAGCAAUAUGAACACCCUUGGCGACAAUACGAAUAUUUUACUCGACUUGCUGGGCAGUGCUGAUCUAUCGUCCGGCGUCAGUGAUGCGGCCGUAGCCACAGAUCUGUCCAAUGCUGUGCAUAAAAAGAAUACACGCAAUGCGAACGAUGGUGGUGGCGGCGGUGGCACCACCACUACCAAUAAUUCCGUCGUCUCUAAUAAUCAGGAUCUGCUCGACUUACUCGGCCUCGAUAUGUCGACGCCAUCGAGCGGCAGUCUGGCAACAGAUCCCAGCAGUGCCGCCAACAUGAAUAAUAUGCUCGACGGCCUAGACCUGGGCUUCGGCAUUAUGGAUGGGCCCCCAAAUCCCACAAAUGGCAAUGAUUUGACGGGCAUGUUGGGCGGUCUCGGCACUGCGCCUGCGCCAGUUGUGGCCGCAAGCGGACUGCUCGGCGACCUUAAUCCCACAGCGGCAUCAAAUAACGUGGCAGCGCAACAGCAGCCACCAGCACCUCAGGCUCAACCAGCUCUCCAGAUGACUGCGCUAAACAAGAAUGGGCUGCUUGUUCAAUUAGAGCCUGUGACGGGCAACGACUGCAUGCAAAUCUUUAUGACAACCACAAAUAGCUCAGACAAUACAUUGGAGCAGUAUCUUCUGCAGGCGGCGGUGCAGAAGAGCUUUAGGCUGCAAAUGUUAACGCCAUCAGACUCAGUGUUACCCCCAGGCGGCGUUAUAACGCAGGAAAUGCGAGUCGUUGCCACGUCCAAUGCUGUUCUGCGGAUGCGUCUGCGCAUAUCAUAUGAACUGGAUGGCCAGCAGGUGGUGGAGCAGACAGAGGUGAGCGGAUUCCCGGAGCAGCAGCCAUCGAACGAAUAGAAGUGUAUUAAAGCGAGUGAUGCGAGCGUUAGUCUAAUGUUUAAAUACAACUACAACAACAAAAACAAGAAAACUUAUACACACACACAGACACACAGCUUAUGGUUCUGCAUUGAACAGUCAAGAGGCGCAGUUUGGCACACAACUGUUUCGUUAUCGUCAGUCGUCAGUCGUCAGUCUGAAGGUAUAAAUGCUUACAUAUGUACACCAACACACACACACACACACACACAUACAUACAUAAUAUACCUUUAAAUAUUGUAAAAUAGGUUAACAAAUACACACACACACAUUUACACUUGGUUAGAGUGCAGCAGAAAGAGAAACAGUUUGCCGUUUGCCGACCCACAUUCUUAAGCAAGAUAUAUAGUAUAAAUUAACGCCCUUUUAUUUAUAAUUUAUAUACACACACAUACAUAUACAUAUAUAUGCUUGCAUAACUCUUGAAAGGUUUGUCCAACGAUUAACAAUUUUGUAUCCAUUAGUGACGCGUUCAAUUCCUUCUACUAUUUUAUGGCAAUUUUAUUUAUAUUCUUAAAAAUAUGCCUCUUUUUCGUAUCUUGUAACUUUGUGUUUAAAAGACAAGACAUUGCGUUUUAAUUGUAAGACAAUAAAGUCAUUUUUGAAGCCUA